UAUACACGGCCUUACUUAACAUGAAUUACUGUAAAACUUUGGGUUACCCUGUUGGGCUAAGGCUAAAAAGCCUAUUGUGGAGCAAGUAGUGUGAAGUCAAAUAAGAAAAGCACAUUUUGAUUUUGCGAGAAACCCAGAAAUUAAAAAAAAAAAAAUUAAAAAAAAAUGGUGCAGCAACUCCUAUCUUCUUCUUCUUCUUCAAACUUCUCCAUUGGAGCUCAGUUUCAAAACCAUGGACCAACUUCUCUCCCUUACCUUUCUCUCUCCUCUCAUAACUCCAUUAUCACUAAUACUACCCAAUUCAAGCUACCCAGAAAUUGGGUAUCCCAUGUUUCCUCAUCAAAGCUCUCACUUUCUGUAAAUUGUCGUCAAUCUUCAGAAUACUUUGAUAAAUCUCCUCCUAGAUUUUCUCCCUCUUACUCACCAAAUCCUUCAACUACUUCUUCAGGUUUUCCACCUAAGGUUUUUGUGGGGCAUUCCAUAUAUAAAGGGAAAGCUGCGCUUACCGUGGAGCCGAAAUCUCCAGAGUUUGUGCCAUUGGAUUCAGGCGCAUUUAAAGUUUCGAGGGAGGGUUAUGUACUGCUUCAGUUUGCUCCUGCUGCCGGUGUUCGUCAGUAUGACUGGAGCAGAAAGCAGGUAUUCUCUCUUUCAGUGACUGAAAUUGGAAGUCUGGUGAGCCUUGGUGAAAAGGAGUCUUGUGAAUUUUUUCAUGACCCAAACAAAGGAAAAAGUGAUGAAGGCAAAGUAAGGAAGGUAUUAAAAGUAGAGCCCCUUCCAGAUGGCUCUGGCUACUUUUUUAAUCUAAGUGUUCAAAACAAGCUUCUGAACUUGGACGAGAAUGUGUAUAUACCCAUCUCUAAAGCAGAGUUUGCAGUUCUUGUAACGGCAUUCAAUUUUGUCUUGCCAUACCUCUUAGGCUGGAAUGUCUUUGCCGAUAACAUAAAGCCAGACGACAGCAACCGCAUCAACAGCUCAAACACAAGAACGGGGGAUUACGAAUGGAAUAGAUAGUUUUCUACAUGUUUGAAGGAUACCUAGUGGUGUAUUUUAAAGAUUCUCUUUGUAGAUGUUAUUUGAAGUAAUGUUUUAGGUUUUCAGGCUUUA